AUGAGACCCUCGUUUGGGGGCGCAGCAGGGGGAGCAGGAGGAGCAGGGGUAGCAGGGGGAACAGGGGGGGCAGGAGCAACAUGGGGGGCAGGAGGAGCUGCAAGCGGAGGGGGUGUGUCUGUGCCUGCAGGCGAGGUUCGGGCCGCACCUGCUGCCGGUGGGAUGGAGGUUGAAGGUGGGGCGCAAGAGCAGGGGGCCGCAGGGGUGAGUGAAGCGGUGCAAAGCGGUCAAGUGGGGUUGGCAGGCGAAGCAGUUGAGGGAAUGGCAGGAGAAAGGGCAGAGGAGAAGGAGCAGCAAAAAGAGCAGGGUGCAGGUGUGGAGGUGGGGGAGGGUGCGCUGGUGGGAGCAGCAGGGGUGGGUGACAUGCAGGGGCAGGAAGCAGCAGCAGCAACAGAAGGGGAAGGAGCAGGAGGGGAAGGUGCCACUGGGGCUGGUGAGUCUGCAGCCCUCGUGCCUGGCGAAGGGCCUACUGGAGAAGGGGCAUCAGGAGAAGGGACAGGUGGUGAUAGCACAGGGGCAGAAGCGGAAGGGGAGGGGGAAGGGAUGGGCGCAGGGGAUACAGCGGGGGAGGGGCUGCAGCAGCAGGAAGAGGGGCUGCAGCAGCAGGAAGAGGGAGGACUUGGGGAGUAUGGCGGUGCUGCUGCGGGAGCGACGGGGGGAGCAGCAGCAGAGGUGGGUGGUGGGGCACCAACUCCAACUCCUGAAGGCACACCUGCUGCAGCACCUGAAGGGGCACCUGAUGUUUCUCCUUGGGAUACCUCUGCUGCAGUGCCUGCUGCUCCCGCUUCUACAGGUGCUGCGACUACUGCCACUGCUGAUUCUACCGCUGGUGCUCCCGGUGCUGCCGGCACUGCCGGUACUGCUGGUGGAGCAGCGGCAGUGGAGGGAGCAGCAACACAGCAGCCGGGUACCGAGGUGGGCACAGCAGGAGCAGCUACAGCGGGAACAGGCACAGCGGGAGCUGCCACAGCAGAGACGGCUACAGUAGGAAUGGCCUCCCGACCCAGGAGGUCCACAGCAGGGCUGAGAGGCAGGGCUGCAGCAGUGGCGGCAGCAACGGCAGGGCGAGGUGGAGGGCGUGGGGAGGCGAGAGAGGGUGGCGGUGCAGGGGAAGGGGAGGCGGCUCAGCGCGCUGCCGCCAGGCAGGCUCGAUUUGGGGCUGCUACUUCCCCCCGCCGCGGCCGAGCCGCGGUCUACCUGACUCUUCUUCUCCCUUGCGUCCCUCGUCUCGUCCCUCGUGCGUCCCUCGUGCGCGCUGCGUGCUCCACCGCAGAUGCCGUCUUCAGCGGCGUCGUCGCCUUCAUCCUCAUCUUCCGCACCAAUCUCAGCUACGCGCUCGAAAUGGGGCGACGCAGCAAUCCAGGUCGAUUCAUGGACAUCCCACCAGAGCCACCAGUGGACGCUGAUCAGGUGGAGGAGUGGAACCGAGUACGCGGAAACAAGUCCCUUGUCUUCUUGAGAGCCCACCGCCCCCAUCUCGAGAAGUACUGGAGGGCGCUGCCGCUGGCAGUGCUGGGGGGCGUGAACCUCACGGAGUGCAGCAUCCUGGAACCUUCCCGCGACCGUGUGUACCUGGUGAUGUGCUGGCUGCACCGGGCGCUCGUGGCUCGUCGCAUGGCGGGAGGGAUUUCCCAAGACGCACCUAUUGUGUCGAGAAUAUACCAAGUGCUGUCAGACGGCAUGCUGGGGUACGAGAACGCGCUCAAGAUCGUGAACACGCCCUUCCCCUUCCCCUUCGCGCAGUGUGUGGCGCUCCUCCUGCACAUCAACGCCCUCGUCAUCCCGCUCCUCAUGGCCGACUGGCUCGCCGACCCCCUCCUAGCCUCCGCCAUCACCCUCCUCUCCGUCUUCUCCUUCUACCUUCUCAACGAAGUCGCGAGGGAGAUCGAAGAGCCGUUUCGCUUCGACCCGAAUGAUCUUCCCGUGGUGUACCUGCAUCAUAAGUUCAACGAGCGGCUAGUGACGGCGUUUUCGAGAAGCGUUUUUCCUGCCGAUGGGCUGUUUACGCACAUUGACGAGAAGGAAAUGGCGUGGCUUUUAGCUAAGCACCGGCCGGUGACAGUGGUGAAGGGAGCGGAGGAGAAGGUGGGAGUGUUAGACACCAAGGACUGUGUUAUCGAUGUGCUCGCUGCCUGGUGCUUUACCUUCGAACCUCCUCCCGCUGCUCUUCCUGCUGCUCCUUUAGAAGCGCUCCUGCUGCUCCUUUAG